AUGGAGUCCGCGAAGGAAGAGGGCGGCACCUUGGCUUUGGAAGAUGUUCCCAGGGACCUGGGAACGAUGGUGGUCGCCUCAAGGGAGAUGGUCCCGGUGGGGCAGCCGGUCUCGUAUGGCCCGCAGAGGCGGGAGGAGUCUCGGAAGAAGGAUGGAAAAGGGUGUGGUGGGGUGGUUGCCCCACUGGUAAAUCCCUUCUGGUCCCAGACGAUGAAGGACGAGGCAAUGCUCCGGGCGAUGAGACCUACAUCUCUGCCUCAGAGUUCGGCACCAUCCAUGGGGGAGACGACCAACGACGACUCGGUGGGCAUGGAGCUCAAAGAGGUGAUGAAGGCCGUGAUGGCCCAGAAUUCGAUGCUCAAAAGGGAGCUGGCUGACCUGAAGAAGAGGAUUGAGGACUCCAACAAGGAGAAGGAUCGGGGUUUCAAGGAGGCGGAUCGACCGAGGCCUCCAUCGACGACCCCUCCACCGAGUCCGCCGACAGGUCCACCACCCACCACUCCGGAGGCUGAAAAAAAGGUGGGCAUGGCUACCCUUGGAGCGACUCCUGAGUUUCCUGGAGGGGAACGUCAGGGACUACAAGAUGCAGCCCUUCGACCUUCGGGAGGACUUCAUGAAGCCGGACGUGGACCCCCUCCAGCACCAGAAUCCUGGUUGGGAGCCCUUCAGGCGGGAGUUCAUGGAGGAUCGGGCUAUGGAAAGGAGGGAUUUGUGACCCCACACCAUGGGACCCCUGGGUGGCAAGGACCAGGCCGUGGAUUACCAGACUGCGCUGUGAAGAACGGCGACUUGGGCAAGGGAUCUCCACUCGAGCAAGCUGCUCAAUCGGUGUUGAGGCAGCUGGGAACUGGAGGAUCGGAUGGAAGCUGGGGUGAAACCAUUCGGUCGGUGGAGUUACCACCACUGCCCGAACUUCGAGAAGGAGAGCUGGGUUCACUGGUUCUGGGCGACUGGAUUCAACUCAUCUCGCCCACUAUGAGGGAUCUGAGCGCUACGUCCUGGAAAUGGUGGGAAGAAGUUUUGCAGCUGGCGAUGACGGCCUACAGAGAGUGGCUACGAGCGGAACCAGUGCAGAGGCUUCACAUCAAGACGCAGGUGCCCAUGGAGUGUAAUACGGUCUGGAGUAGGCUGGAGCAGCGAGGACAGUUGAUGUUGCUGAACGCAGUGCCUACAUCCAUCAGGUCUGAAACGCUGGCGAACAGAGCUUCGAGUUCGGUGGAUGUGCUCUACGCCCUGUUCAGGAGGUAUCAGCCUGGGGGAUUGGCUGAGAGGUCAAGGCUGCUGCGCCAGUUGGUGGAACCAAAGUCCCCGCAGAGCCUCAACGAGACGGUGGAGCUAUUGCGAGGCUGGAGGAGGAGUCUUCGACGAGCUCAGGAACUCGAGAUUGCUACCCCGGACUCCACCUUGCUUCUUGGGGCAUUGGACAAGAUGUCCGAGCAGAUCGUGAAGGCAUCGAGUCAAGCCGCAUUUCGGACGUCUUCGACCAGGGCGGCUCUGGGAGUGGAUGUUACUCCGACACUGGAGUCCGUGCUGAACUUCGCAGACAUGUUGACCGCCGAGGCUGAGUCGUUGGCGAUCAGUGAGCUCCAACCACAGCAGGACAUCAAGUCAGCUCCAACUACUACCAAGGUCAAGGCGAUGUCCACGGUCUUGGAGGAAAGACCUGAAAAGGGGGCUGGAAAGUCCAAGGGCGAUGGCAAGCAGGAAGAAAGAGUUUGCCGGUUCUGGGGGUCUGAAGACGGCUGCCGGAAGGGGCAAGAAUGCCGGUUCAAGCAUGAAUGGGGAAGCUUGGAGAAGAAAGGUGAUGGAGAAAAGCAGGUGAAGACCGUCAAGAAGGAGGCUGAGAAGGGUGGUGGGGCCAAGAAGAACGAGCGGGAGCCCGUGAUCGAGAAUCAGGCGCCCUCGGUUGAGGAGAUGGUGGAUGAGAAGAGAGUGGAAAAGCCGGCAGCUAGUUCUGGAGAAGUUCAAGCCUUGUUGUCGGAGGCCACUACUCUUUUGAAGAGCUUGAGACCGGCUGGGGAUGGUAGGGCUUCCUUGAAGGCGGUCAAGCUGAGCAGUCUGGAGGUGAAGACCACAGAUCGGGCCCUCCUCGACGGAGGAGCAACCCACUGCCUCAGGAAGGCGGAGUCGGAAGAAGAAUGGAUGAGGGCCCAAGAGGUCCGAGUGGAGCUUGCUGAGGGAUCCGUGGUGUUGAGGCAGCUUCCUUGGACAAAGACCCUUCUCACACAGAACGAUGUCCAGACCAUCGUGCCGCUUGGCGUCUUGAUCUCGCUUGGCUAUGAGGCCUAUUGGGAGAAGGAGCGCUUCACGCUGACGGACCCGAGUGGUGCACUGGUGGAUGUCGCGAUUGAAGGCAUGUGCCCUACGGUCGAGGAAGGCUUGGGAAGAGAGCUCAUCGCAGAGAUAGAGAGGAGUAUGGUUCGGGAGAGAGCCAGGCUGGCAGUGCUGAACGGAGAGGAGAACCAGAGUGAGCUUGAGCUGGGGGAGAUUCACCAUCUCAAGGAGCUCCGAGAGCUGUUCCCAGAAGUCCCGCUUCGCCUGCUGGUGAGGAUUCUGCCGAAGGCUCGUGAGGUGGUGGUGCACCUCUUUAGUGGAGACACCAAGAAAUAUUGGCAGAGGGAGCUCGAGUCGGAAGGCAGGGCAGUUCUAUGUGUGGACACGGUGAUCGAUCCCGGCAUGAACAUCCUCCGGGACGAUGUCUUUGCCUAUUUGCUAGAGAUUGCCGACGGUGGCACACUUCGAGCGCUGUUGGGGGGGACCGCCCUGCAGGACGAUGAGCAGGUGGUGACAGCCUUGGAACAGCCGGAUGAUCCGGAGGCCUACUUGGGAGGAGCCAAGAUGGGAGCCGGGGAGACGGUCGGGGAGAACGUGGAGGAGGGCGAGAAGCCAAGGGAGUUGAGCGGCCACCCCAGGUACCCGACCUAUUGGAGCUGGCCGGAAUGGCAGAAGAUCAAGAACCUCUGGAAGCUGUUCGAG